CCAAAAGAUCCAGCGGCUUUGCCUUCACUUGCGAAUGCAACGGUCAGUUCUGUUGGACCCUCAUUAUUUUCUUCACCGCAACUAUUAGCUAGAUCCACUGCGCACUUCUAUCCAUUGACCUUGACAACCGUGCACAAAGAAAGAGAGAGAGAGAGAGAGAUAGUCAAGAUGUUCGGAUGGUCUCUGCCAUUGCUGCUGUAUCUGUUGCAACUGCUGCAAUGUCCCCCAUUGGCAUCUACCCAAGAUAGCUCUAUUAUUAGCAUCGAUUUACCCGACUUUACUACGAAUGUGUCAUCCUAUGAAUGCGAUUCUGUCAAGACGACGGAAUGUGCGUCCGAAUUGUUUCGAGCGUGUUAUCAAGAUUCCUGUUCGUCGUGUCUGCAAGACUACGUGGAAUUGCCCGAAGAAGUUUUGAGUUUGACGCAAGACGACAAUUUGACGACCGUGGUAGCGACCUUGAACUUGACCAAUGCGGGACUAAGCAAUGGGACAUUUUGUGCGCCAAUAAAAGAACUCAAGUUGGCAUUGUUUGAACGCUUUUUUCAACCUCUCUGGACAGACCCAGACGUAUCGAGUGAAGACCGAUUGCACAUUUUGUUGGGUGUGGCCAAAUACGUGACGCAACACAAUCUACAAGUUCCCAAACCGUCCUAUACACUCGCACUCAAUGAAUACAGUGCCGAUACAAGAGCCGAAGCGCAACGAUUGGGAGGGUAUAUUCCACCCAGUGAUGGUGCUACCAUUUUAUCGUUCUUGAUUGCCAUGGAAUUGGAAGCUGCCGAUGAAGAAUUGGAAUUGCCACGACAAAUCGAUUGGGUCCAACGAGGAGCCGUCACGUCCGUUAAAGAUCAAGGCCGCUGCGGCUGUUGCUGGAGCAUUAGUGUCGCCGGGGCCAUUGAAGGGGCCGCCGCCAUUUGGUCCAAUUUCACCUAUUUGCAAUCCAUUUCCUUUCAACAAUUGAUUUCGUGUGACAAAUCCAAUCUGGGGUGUAAUGGAGGAUUCCCCGCAUCGGCACUCUUUUACGCCAACAACAAUCCAUACGGUGGCACGAUUACCCUCAAUGACUAUCCCUUUACGGAUGGAAAAAAGGGAGAAGCGACGGAAGAAUGUGCUGCCGAUAAUCACAACAUUGCCGUCACUAGUCAAUUGGGACGAGCCGUGACAUUUUACGGUUCGGUUGGAGAUGAUUCCUACGAGACACGAAUGCAAAAAAUGAAACAGGGCAUUGCCCGACAACCUGUUGCCAUUGCCGUUCGAUCCAAUUGUCCCACAUGGUCCAAUUACAAAAGUGGUGUCGUGACGGACGAUGGUGAAUGUGCCUGUUUGCCCAGCAUGCUGGAGGGAUGUUUGGAUCAUGCCGUGCUGUUGGUCGGAUACAAUGACGAUCACGAUCCACCCUAUUGGAAAGUCAAGAAUAGUUGGGGCACUGGAUGGGGUGAAGAGGGAUACAUUCGAAUCGCGCAAUUCAAUCCGCAUUUGACACCCAAUUCGUGGGGACUCUUUGGCGUACUGGCCGAAGGAGUGGCACCACUGCAAGCCUUUAAUACAACCGCGCAAGUCUACGAUGAACCACAAGAAUUACGAGAAACAUGGGAAAAAGUACUCAUCAUUAUUGGAUGUUUUCUCGGUGCGGCGUUGUUAGGAAUAUGCUUGGCCAUGGGCACCAGGAAACUGUGUGGAUCCAAACCAGAUCCCGAUCAACAAUUCCAACAAGUGGUAGCAAACGAGAAUCCGUAGAGAAUUUAAAUAGAAAUAAAAUGCAAAAAGACACAUAUAGUUUUGGAUCUUGUCCCGUCGCCCAAA